AUGGAGAACACUAAUGCAAGGAAUGUAGAUGAGUCAGAAUCUUCUAAUGCCAAAAUAGAUCGGUUAGAAAGAAUGGUGGAAGCUUUAACUGGGUUGGUGAGACAACAGCAAGAGCAAAUCCAACAACAACAGAGACAACCAUUUCCGCCUCCUCCACCACCACCUGUGCAAAUGGAACCGAUUAAUAAUGAUGAUGUUAUCACCUUGACACAGAAAUACAAGAAACUGAAACCACCAGAAUUUGCAGGGGGAAUUGAACCAUUAAAAGCGGAGGCAUGGGUAUUAGAAACUGAAAAGAUUUUUGAAGUGUUUCCGUGUACAGAUGUCUAUAAAGUUUUGUUAGCAACAUUUACUCUGACAGAAGAAGCUCGAAGAUGGUGGAUGCUCGUACGAGGUGAGAAUAGGGACUUAACAUGGGAUCGAUUCAAAGAGACGUUUUAUGAAAAAUAUUUUCCACAAUGUAUGCGAGAUAGGAAGAUAUCUGAAUUUGAACAGUUGAAGCAAGGCACUAUGUCAGUAGCGGAAUAUGAGAGUAAAUUUACUGAAUUAGCCCGUUAUGCUCCUCAUAUGGUUGAUACAGAUUACAAGAAGGCAAGGAAAGCCUUGAUGGCUGAAACAAAUAUUACGGCUUUGGAGACAUCUAAAUUAACAACCAUGACUGAAGCGGAAAGUAAGAAAUUCAAGAAACAGAAAGUGGAAACAGUUAGUGAAUCAGUGGCCUCCGUGAAUGAAAAUUUGAACUCAAGUUUUAGUGAUAAUACAACAAAGGGCAGUAGUGGAAGUGUAGGUAGAUCUACUUGUAGGGAAUGUGGAAAGCAACAUUGGGGUAUUUGUCACCGUGGAACUGGAGUCUGUUUCAAAUGUGGACAAAAAGGACAUAUAGCUAAAACUUGUCCACAAGUUUACUCAAGAAAUGAAAGACCCAUUGCUAGCGGAGUUAACUCAACAAUGACACCAAAGACAACCGUAACAUCUAAUCCUGAGGGGAAAACAUUGAGGCAAGGAAGGGUUUUCACCCUAGUUUCAGAAAAGACACAGAAUACUAGAAAAGCGAAUACAGGUAUGAUUUUUAUUAUCUACUGUGAUGUUAGCACUGUUAUCUAUGCAAUGGCUAUGUUACUUAUGCGAUGGAAAAUAUUGAACAUGUGA